AUGUCGAGUUACUUCUACUGCUUUUUACUUCUUGUUCUCUGUUUGGUAGUCUUUGCUCAUGAGCCCCUUCCAGGCAGAAAAGUUACCACUCCGUUUGGCAAACCUGGUAGUUGGGCUGCUGGUUAUCACACUGGAGAUGAUUAUGCAUGUCCAAUUGGAACUAGUGUCCACGCUACAGCAAGUGGCACGGUGAAAGAUGUGAACUUUGGUUCAGAUUAUGGCACUCAUAUCGUCAUUGAAUCAUCAGAUAAAGUUCGUCAACUCUAUGCACAUUUAAGUCAGAAACUAGUUACAGUUGGACAAAGCGUCAAAGCAGGAAAUGUAAUCGGUAAGAGUGGAAACACAGGAAGAUCAACUGGACCACAUCUUCACUAUGAAGAACGAGUUGCUCCCUACAAAUAUGCAAAUCAUAGAAAACCGCAACUCAACAAAGCACAUUAA